AUGAGACCACCUCCUCCAGGUGGGCCUGGCUUGGGUCCUCCUGGUCUUGGUCCUGGAGGUCCUCCAGCUCCCGGGCCCAGACCGCUGGGCUUGCUUGGCGGCUUGUGCAACGCUUUUUCUUCUUGCCUGUAUGUUAUAUGUUGUUGCUGGUUACUACAAGACUGCUUUGGUGGUCCACCGGCUCCACCUGGACCCAUCGGACCUCCAACACCAGCACCACCUGAACCUCCAUUUGCCCCAGGUCCUCCCCCUCCAAUAGGGCCACCUGGACCUCCACUUGGCCCAGGCCCUCCACCUGGUGGACCCCCAGCACCGGCUCCGCCACCUCCUCCUCCAUGA